UGCGCAAGGCAUUCUGGGAGCGCGUGGUGUUCGUGAUACUCGGGCCCGUCGUUUCCUCGCCUCAAGCCUUCGCCUUCUAACGUUUGUGCCGGGACCGAAAAAAAAAAAAAAAAAAGCCUGCAGUUAGUUGGAAGAGUCCUGCCAAGAUGUCUAUCGGUGUGCCAAUUAAAGUCCUGCACGAAGCGGAAGGCCACAUAGUGACAUGUGAGACCAACACUGGUGAAGUGUAUCGGGGGAAGCUCAUUGAGGCAGAGGACAACAUGAACUGCCAGAUGUCCAACAUCACAGUCACAUACAGAGACGGCCGAGUGGCACAGCUGGAACAGGUGUACAUACGUGGCAGCAAGAUCCGGUUUCUGAUUUUGCCUGACAUGCUGAAAAAUGCACCCAUGUUAAAGAGCAUGAAAAAUAAAAACCAAGGCUCAGGGGCCGGCCGAGGAAAAGCUGCUAUCCUGAAGGCCCAAGUGGCUGCAAGAGGAAGAGGACGUGGAAUGGGGCGUGGAAACAUCUUCCAGAAGCGAAGAUAAUAUUCUCCAUUGAAGAGAACUUUGUCCUUUCUUCUCUUAGGUUUUUGGGCUUUGGUGGGGGUGGGGCGGGGGGGUUAUAUGUGCAUAUGUCCUGGGUUUUAAUAUUUCUCUUUGUAUUGGAGAAACUGUUAAGCUAAAUAAAAUUUGGUUUUUUGUUUUG